AUGUUCGAUUUGCUCGUGGCUUACAUCCUAGCCGUGAUCGGCUUGACUGCUGGGCAGAUGAAUGCUGGGACAACUUCAUCGCCGCAGUGCCAAAAUGAUGCUGCUUGCACUGCACCAUCUGUAUGCAUUGACAACAUCUGCGCACAAGGAGUGUCUUGCAAAAGUAACGCUGAUUGUGAUGAUCCAAGGUUUGAGUGUAACCGACAGUUUUGCGUUCCCAAGCACCAGUGGAGGCCAGAUAAGUUGACGACGUGUAAAAUAGACAGUUCUUGCAUCUCACCAGCAACAUGUGUGGACAACUUUUGCGUAGUCAACUUGAAAUGUCAUAACGACGAAGAGUGUGGCAGCCCUCAUCUUAAAUGCAUACAGUCAGUCUGUAUUCUACUGUCUGAACCAAAACCUCCGGUGAGCUCGGGACAGAUGUCGCUCCAACAAUCUCAAAUAACAACACAGAAUGGUCAAGGUGCAUCAGGACAAAUACCGUGCCAAAAUGGUAACUGCCCUCCACAAUACGUUUGCAUUAGUGGUGUUUGCGUACGCGGUGCACAAUGCACAACUAACAAUGAUUGCAUCGAUCCACGGUUCGAAUGCAUGCUGCAAAAUUGCAUUCCGAAAACUCAAUUUAGGACACAAAACGGUUUGCUGAUGUGCUCAAAUAAUCUUGAUAAUACUUGCCCUUCACUAUCUAAGUGCGUGCACAACUUUUGCAUGAUUGAUCUGCGCUGUCGCAAUGAUUACGACUGUGGAAGUCCACAAAUGAGAUGCAUAGCGUCAGUCUGUACUGUACUCUCAAUAUCGCAACCAGGCACAUCAUCUUCAACUGGAAACCAAGGUAUUUCGCAGGGAAAUUUAGGCUUAUCAACUGAAAGCCUAGGUAUUUCGCAGGGAAAUUUAGGCUUAUCAACUGAAAACCUAGGUAUUUCGCAAGGAAAUUCAGGCUUAUCAGUUGGAAAGGGGAAUCCAAGCUUAUCAACUGGAAAUCUAGGCAAUCCGCAGGGAAAUUCAGGAUUAUCAACUGAAAGCCUAGGUAUUUCGCAGGGAAAUUUAGGCUUAUCAACUGAAAACCUAGGUAUUUCGCAAGGAAAUUCAGGCUUAUCAGUUGGAAAGGGGAAUCCAAGCUUAUCAACUGGAAACCUAGGUAUUCCGCAGGGAAAUUCAGGCUUAUCAACUGGAAACCUAGGUAAUCCGCAGGGAAAUUCAGGAUUAUCAACUGAAAGCCUAGGUAUUUCGCAGGGAAAUUUAGGCUUAUCAACUGAAAACCUAGGUAUUUCGCAAGGAAAUUCAGGCUUAUCAGUUGGAAAGGGGAAUCCAAGCUUAUCAACUGGAAACCUAGGUAUUCCGCAGGGAAAUUCAGGCUUAUCAACUGGAAACCUAGGUAAUCCGCAGGGAAAUUCAGGAUUAUCAACUGAAAGCCUAGGUAUUUCGCAGGGAAAUUUAGGCUUAUCAACUGAAAACCUAGGUAUUUCGCAGGGAAAUUCAGGCUUAUCAGCUGGAAAGGGAAAUCCAAGCUUAUCAACUGGAAACCUAGGUAUUUCGCAGGGAAAUUCAGGCUUAUUAGUUGGAAAGGGGAAUCCAAGCUUAUCAACUGGAAACCUAGGUAUUCCGCAGGGAAAUUCAGGCUUAUCAACUGGAAACCUAGGUAUUUCGCAGGGAAAGCCGAUACCUUGUCAGCAAGGUGCCUGUCCAGGAACAUUCACAUGCGUUGAUGACGUUUGCGUGCAAGGUAAAGUUUGCUCAACCACUACUGAUUGUGAUCCAAGAUUCGAUUGUAAUCAACGGAUCUGCGUUCCAAAGCCUGAAUGGAGGCCGGAAUCCAUCCUGCAGAUGUGCCCUUGUUCUCCGUCAGCUGCGUGC